AUGGAUUUGCAGGUAUGUGAAAAAGCAAAGAAAGACCAUAUUGAGAGAAAGCAGGUUAUUGAACAGCAGAAAUUAAAAAAAAAUAAAGGCCAGUGCUGGAAUGUAUUGAGCCUACCUCCUUACAAUGUACUGAGCCCACCUCCUUACAAUGUAUUGAGCCCACCUCCUUACAAUGUAUUGAGCCCACCUGCUUACAAUGUACUAACCCCACCUCCUUCCAAUGUACUGAGCCCACCUCCUUGCAAUGCACUGAGCCCAUUUCCUUACAAUUUACUGAGCCCACCUGCUUACAAUGUAUUGAGCCCACCUGCUUACAAUGUUUUGAGCCCACCUCCUUACAAUGUAUUGAGACCAACUCCUUACAAUGUAUUGAGCCCACCUCCUUACAAUGCACUGAACCCACCUCUUUAUAAUGUACUGAGCCCACCUCCUUACAAUAGCCCACCUCCUUAUAAUGUAUUGAGCCUAUGUCCUUACAAUGUGCUGAGCCCACCUCCUUACAAUGCAGUGAGCCCACCUCCUUACAAUGCACUGAGCCCACCUCCUUACAAUGUAUUGAGCCCACCUUCUUACAAUGUACUGAGCCCACCACCUUACAAUAUACUGAGCCCACCUCCUAACAAUGCACUGAGCCCACCUUCUUACAAUGUACUGAGCACACCUUGCAAUGCACUGAGCCCACCUCCUUACAAUGCAUUGAGCCCACCUCCUUACAAUGUAUUGAUCCCACCUCCUUACAAUGUACUGAGCCCACCCUCCUUACAAUCCCACCCUCCUUACAAUGUACUGAGCCCACCUCCUUACAAUGCACUGAGCCCACCUCCUUACAAUGUAUUGAGCCCACCUCCUUACAAUGUAUUGAGCCCACCUCCUUACAAUGUACUGAGCCCACAUCCUUACAAUGCAUUGAGCCCACCUGCUUACAAUGUAUUGAUCCCACCUCCUUACAAUGUACUGAGCCCACCUCCUUAUAAUGUAUUGAGCCCACCUCCUUACAAUGCACUGAGCCCACCUUGUUACAAUUUGCUGAGCACACCUUGCAAUGCACUGAGCCCACAUCCUUACAAUGCAUUGAGCCCACCUGCUUACAAUGUAUUGAUCCCACCUCCUUACAAUGUACUGAGCCCACCCUCCUUACAAUCCCACCCUUUUUACAAUGUACUGAGCCCACCUCCUUACAAUGCACUGAGCCCACCUCCUUACAAUGUAUUGAGCCCACCUCCUUACAAUGUAUUGAGCCCACCUCCUUACAAUGUACUGAGCCCACCUCCUUACAAUGUAUUGAGCCCACCUCCUUACAAUGUACUGAGCCCACCUCCUUACAAUGUAUUGAGCCCACCUCCUUACAAUGUAUUGAGCCCACCUCCUUACAAUGUAUUGAGCCCACCUCCUUACAAUGUACUGAGCCCACCUCCUUACAAUGCACUGAGCCCACCUCCUUACAAUGUAUUGAGCCCACCUCCUUACAAUGUAUUGAGCCCACCUCCUUACAAUGUACUGAGCCCACCUCCUUACAAUGUAUUGAGCCCACAUCCUUACAAUGGAUUGAGCCCACCUGCUUACAAUGUAUUGAUCCCACCUCCUUACAAUGUACUGAGCCCAUCCUCCUUACAAUCCCACCCUCCUUACAAUGUACUGAGCCCACCUCCUUACAAUGCACUAAGCCCACCUCCUUACAAUGUAUUGAGCCCACCUCCUUACAAUGUAUUGAGCCCACCUCCUUACAAUGUACUGAGCCCACCUCCUUACAAUGUAUUGAGCCCACCUCCUUACAAUGUACUGAGCCCACCUCCUUACAAUGUAUUGAGCCCACCUCCUUACAAUGUAUUGAGCCCACCUCCUUACAAUGUAUUGAGCCCACCUCCUUACAAUGUACUGAGCCCACCUCCUUACAAUGCACUGAGCCCACCUCCUUACAAUGUAUUGAGCCCACCUCCUUACAAUGUAUUGAGCCCACCUCCUUACAAUGUUCUGAGCCCACCUCCUUACAAUGUAUUGAGCCCACAUCCUUACAAUGCAUUGAGCCCACCUGCUUACAAUGUAUUGAUCCCACCUCCUUACAAUGUACUGAGCCCAUCCUCCUUACAAUCCCAUCUCCUUUCAAAUGUACCAAGCCCGCCUCCUUACAAUGUAUUGAACCCACCUCCUUGCAAUGCACUGAGCCCAUCUCCUUCCAAUGCACUGAGCCCAUCUCCUUGCAAUGCACUGAGCCCACCUCCUUGCAAUGCACUGAGCCCAUCUCCUUACAAUGCACUGAGCCCACCUCCUUACAAUGUACUGAGCCCACCUCCUUACAAUGCACUGAGCCCACCUCCUUACAAUGUAUUGAGCCCACCUCCUUACAAUGUAUUGAGCCCACCUCCUUACAAUGUACUGAGCCCACCUCCUUACAAUGUAUUGAGCCCACUUCCUUACAAUAGCCCAUCUCCUUACAAUGCACUGAGCCCACCUCCUUGCAAUGCACUGAGCUCACCUCCUUGCAAUGCACUGAGCUCACCUCCUUGCAAUGCACUGAGCUCACCUCCUUGCAAAGCACUGAGCCCAUCUCCUUACAAUUUACUGAGCCCACCUGCUUACAAUGUAUUGAGCCCACCUGUUUGCAAUGUAUUGAGCCCACCUCCUUACAAUGUAUUGAGCCCAACUCCUUACAGCAUAUACAGCAUAUUGAGCCCACCUCCUUACAAUGCACUGAACCCACCUCUUUAUAAUGUACUGAGCCCACCUCCUUACAAUUUCCUGAGUGGUUUGGACUUGUUUCGCAGUGUUGUGCAGCUGUUUGGUUACUUGUCGCCUUCUCUAGUUUGUUUUGUUCGCGAUAUGACAAGUCCAAGAACUCCGGUUCUUUUCGUGUCUGGUAACACUUCUUCUACUGAUGCUCCUUCCAUGGGCAACCAGGCGAAUGUUGAAACUUUACUUGUAUUAUUAACCUAA